AUGAAUAAGCAUAUUAAAACCACUAGCUUCCAUCCACAGUGCAAUGGCUCAUUGGAAAAUGCACACGUAUUAAUAGAAGGUUCAAUAAGUACUAAGGACAGAGAUAGAGAAUGGGAUGAGAUAUUCAAUUUAGUUUGUUUCGGAUAUAACAAUGCAAUGCAUGAGGGUAUAGAAUGUAUAGAAUUUGAGUUGACUUUUAGUAGAAAGGCGCAAUUGCCCAAUGCAACAGCUGCUACUAUUGCAAUGAGCAAGGAAGAAAUAUUUCAUUUAUGGAAACGUAGGCACGAGUUCUAUUUAGCUGGAACCAAGGUAAUAAUAGAUAAGAAUAAUGUCACACAGAAAAGAAAUCUGGAAAAGAAAAUUAAAUUAAAAAAUGUGAUUAAAGUCAAUGAUAGAGUUCUAA